AUGUUGGUGCGUGUGCUUGCAGUUGUGGUCGCCUGUGUGGUGUCUACCACCCUCGCAGAGCUGCCGUUUGUGAACGAGUAUCAUGAGACCUUGAACAUGGAGUGCACUGGCAGCACUGGCAUCAAAUCCCUCUACUCCACCCACCAAGACAACAAGAAAGAUCGGCGGUGGGGCUUUGAAUGCCUCAAGUACGGCGCACCGGAGGAAGGCACAAGCAUGUACAGCAGCAGCUUCGAGAACAACUACGAUGACCCGCUCGACUACUCGUGCCCGAACAACUACUACGUGUACCGCAUGUACUCUGAGUACGACGGCAACCCUGAUGAUCGCGUGUGGAAGAUUGGCUGCCGCAAGGCCGUCGGUGCCACCCUGUCCUCAUGCAGCUUCACUGACGACUACAUCAACAGCUGGGGCAAGCCCAUCGACUACUCUGUCGACAGACUGUACUCUGUCCACAAUGAUCGAGAUGAGGACCGAAGGUGGCGCAUUCGUACGUGCACGUUGGAUUGCGACGAAAGCAGCGGCUACAUCGAGGAUGACACGAGCGACUGGGGAUGCACAGUUGUGACCUGUCCCCCGCUCACACUCACGAAUGGUGUUCUGAGCGGCAGCUGUGACGGCGACUUUGGCGAUCAGUGCAGCUUCAGCUCGUGCAACAGCGGCUACGAGGUGUCAGCUUCCGGCACCAAGGGCGCACGCCAGUGCGGCAUUGUCAGCAAAAAUGGCGUCUGGAGUGGUUCCGCCCCAACUUGUGACGACAUCAACGAGUGUGUGACAGGCGCUCACGAGUGCGUUGCGCCGGCCGUGUGUGUCAACGACGAUGGCUCAUACCACUGCGAGUGCGACUACGGUCCCCUCUCAUCAGAUGGCAAAAGCUGCGAUUUGGCGGGACCAAAAGCAACGUACACGCUCAACUCCCACAGCUUUGAACUAGCGAUCACGGACGCCGACGAGUUUCCCACUUACGAGGUGACGGUGGCUCAAUGGUCACUCGAUCUGUCGCAGGCAACAGAGCUGCCAGGCUACCCGGUCCAGUACACGUCGCCCCUCACCAAUUUUGAAGCUUCAGAUCUACAGCCUGGUCGCCGGUUCCAAGUCACCAUCACCCCGUACGACAGCGACGACGCAGCAGCGACAGACUACGUGUUUGUUGGCGGCACGUCCGCGGGUGAUCUUCGAACGACGUGCGGAUGCCUUUCCGGUGACACAACCGGCGCCCCAUCGAGCCUUGAGCUCUCGCAAGAACGCGGCAUUGUCGAGUUUACGUUCACAGACCAGAGCUACUGCGAGUCCGGCUUCAACUUCUUCCGUGACGGCAUCAGCAUGUCCUCCUCCUACGACGUGACCAGCGAGGUGGAGUGCGGCACAACCCACAACCCGCAGCUUGUGUACGACGACCUCACCUUGCAGAAGGAGGACAUUUACAAGCCGCUGGAUGAAGGCACAAACCACGACCUGCCGGAAGGCACGUUCUUCUUACUGCUUCACACCGGUUCUUCGGAAGGCGACAAGCGGUUCGCCUUCCCAUGGGAGCUGGCCAUCGGUGAGCACUUUACGUCCACGUCCACGUCGUCUUCCACAUCGCAGUCAACGUCAACGUCAACCUCCACUUCCACACAGACAACGACCACAACCACGACCACAACACAGGCAACAACGACGACGCUCAACCUCGCCACCCUCAACGACACGUUCAUCGCGUCAACAACGAGCACGCUUCCUGCCACGACCACGACAACGGUGGCUGAUGACUCUGACGCAUCGGCAGACGCGGCAACUGCGCCGUCAACGGGGCGGGUGGAGCGUGUCUACCCGUCCGGCAUUGAGUCGGCCGUGACCAGCAAGCAGGAGUGCUUUGACCUCUGCGAGGACCGAAGCGAGUGGUGCAUUGCGUUUGUGGUGCAGGAAGAUCUGAGCGGUCAGCUGUGGUGCCACCAACUGAAGCUAAUCCGCACCACCAAGCUCGACGGCAACGACGUGUCGGCAGAUUCGUACGAGCGCGUGACUGUGAGCGACACGGGAGUGAGUGGCAGCUAUUUGCUCGCCACAGGCAUUGACGCGUGCACGGAGCUGUGCUCUGAGUCCUCUUCCUGCGAGAUUGUGUUUGCUGGCGACGGGUUUUGUGCCAUGGCAAACACCAUGCAGACGACAUCUGUGAGCCCUAGCUCGUAUCAUGAGAGCCUCAUCAUUCGCUCCCAGAAGCACCGCUAUGUUGGGUCUGCGCCUGGCUCGUACAAGCAAUACUGCGUUGCAGCCACCAAUCCCAUCGAUUACACCGCUCUCGGCUACUACUCCACACGCACCUGCGCAGACCUUCAGAUUGAGUGGGAGACGUUUGUUCGCGGGCGCAUCCUGGUGGACUCGGGUUCGAUCGAUCUUGCGGUUGAAGACGUGCGCGUGGACAUCAGCAUCGGCACGAAAUACUCUACCACGCGCUUCACGGACGAGGACGGCUACUUUGAGGUGCUCGUGUCGUCGCCAGACCUGUAUGACAUUCGCCAGACAAUGACGCUCAGCUUCUCCAAGACCUCGGGCGAGGUUGGCCACACCUUCUCCUGCGGCGGCAUGGCGUGCACGGAGAUGACGCUGCAGGUGGAGCACCUUCGCUUCGACUAUGAGGUGGAGGUGCGCGACACCACCUCCGUCCCCUUCUCCGGGCGUGUCACCAUCCAGGGCACGGAGCACCAGGGCUACCCGGACGGGUGCCCGCUGCGCGACGUCGAGGUUUGCCUGUACGACCGCAUUGACGGCGGCAAAGAACUCGUGUGCGCCACCACGGAUUCGCAGGGCUACUACACGGCUGCGGCUGUGAUUGGCUCUUCGGUCUACGUCAUCGUCAGCUACGGCAACUCAUCGCACUCCUUCCAGCGCCUGGAGUACACAUCCGGCGCGCCCAAUGCCCCAUCGGGCUUCUACAUCGGCACAGACACGUCCUCAGGCCUGGACACGCGCAUCCCAUACUACGAUGUGCUGGACGGCAAGGAGUGGAAGGACGUCGACUUUCAGGACACCACCGUGGACACCGUGGUGGUGGACGUGGCCGGCGGCCUGUGCAAUCGUACGCUUGGCCGAAGCGUGCUUGAGUUCCGCUACGACAACUGCCCGACGUGGGUGCACACGGAGCAGACGUCCAGCCGCACCUCCACAUGGACGCUGCCUGCCCAGAUCAUCACCGUGCGGCUUGCGCGUGUUGUGCGGUCGGGCGAGGUGCGGGAGGAAAUCACGCGCUACUUCAGCUCCACGCUGGGCACCUCACGCUCGCAGUAUGCGGACCUGCGCAACGCGGAAGACAGCGAGGAUGACGAGACAACCGUUCGCUUUGAGUACCAUCCACAGCCGACGCUGAGCGUGUCCUUCACACCAACUGUGGCGCACUCUUGCUCGUACUCUGACGACACUGAUUUCAUCGUCAUGCAGCAACGCACUGAGACGAUCGCCACCGUCAAGGCCAUUGAGGAGUUUGGCGCCGGUGUCGCCUCGUGCGACAUUGUCGAGGGCAGCGUGACGGUGCAGAACCUGCUUGGCGAGUCCCCAACAACCGCCAACCAGGCCGUCGGCGUGACAGUGACGCAGCGGGAGCUGCUCCAGGUGUGCUACAGCGAGUGCGAGCUCGACCUAGACCUGGACGAGGUGGUCACGGCCGCGGGCACAGAGCAGAGCAAUGCGCAUGCCACGCUGCGACUGCUGACUGGCGGUCCGGAGCUGAACUCCGAGGCCGUUGACCCGGAACACCCAUACACGAAACAGUUUCGUGUGAGCAUGCAGGUGCUGCCGUACGACCCGGUCAUCCUGUACAAAAAGGUGGUGGUGACCGGUCACCAAGCGCGCGGUGCAUCUGGCUCGGUUCCCUUCCCGCGCUACAAGCCGCUGCUGGUGGUGCAGGACCCACCGGGCGGCCUGUCCACGGCCUCGUACUCCAGCAUGUUUGCCAACUUCCGCUUCCACAGCAAGACAUAUGAGGCGUUUGGUGGAUUUCAGCUUGGCGUUGACGUUGCGCCAUACAAAACGGAAGCCGAGCUUGACCUGUGCACGGGUGCCAUCGCCGCUUACAACUGCAUCAACCUCGUGAGCGUCAAGUCGACGCCAUACACCUUUCAAACGAAGACGACCAACCUGUUUGGCGGACAAUCGCCCGACGACAACUUCAACCGGGAGCAGGUGUGGUCGUUCACGAUUGACGUGACGACGAGUGACGAACCGAUGAUUGCUGGGGAGCAGUCAGACAUGUUCCUCGUGCCGGCACUCAACGUCGUCUUCCUGGAUACGGAUGUGAUCUCGUUCAACACCACGACGUGCAGCGUGAACCGCUCUCUGACCACGACGUGGUCGCUGGACCCGGAGGCCAACGAACAGGUCAUGACAUGGCUGUCUGUGUUUGAAAUUGAGAGCAAGGAGCUACCGGAGCUUGAGGAGAGGCUCGAAGCGACAAUUGCAUCGAUUGCGGAGGCGGAGGCCUCGGAUGAUGACGACGGUGACAACCUCGCCGAUCUGCAGCAGCUGAAGGACGAGCUAGAGUUGGCGAUCAGUGCGUGGAACGACAACCUGCAGCGGAACCGCAACGUGCGCAACAGCGCUGCCAGUGGCACGCUGGAGAAGGUGCAGUCGCUGUGGACGGCCGGCAAGUACCUGUCCAACGAAAACGCGAACCCGAUCCAGGGCAAGGUGAACAGGAGGAUUGCGUUCGCACCCAACGACAGCAUCGACAACGCCAAGAACCUGGAUGGCACAGACACGACUGGCGAAGAUCAGGCCACGUUGCGAGAGAUUAGUGCCAUAAAGUUUGCUGGUGGCGGGUCCCUCUACUCCUUCUCCUUUGACUACAGCAACCACAAGAGCGCCGUGUCGUCGUCCAAGAGCAAGCACAACUUUGAGGGCGGUGGCACCGUGAGCUUUGACGUUUCAUCCAGCACUGGCGGGGCUGAUUUCUCCGUCACGGCGUUGGGGCUGACGGAGGUGGAGACGAGCAGGGAAACGGAGGAAGGCUAUGCGAAGGAGAGCAGCGCUGGGUUUGAACUUGGUGACGCUGAUCCACUGGAUGUGUUCGAUGUUGAGGUGUACGUGCACCCUGACUUUGGCACGCUGGUGUUUCACACCACCUCUGGCCAGUCAUCCUGCCCGCCCGAGAACAACACCAUUGCCUUGGAGAACCCACGGAUCAGCAUUCUCAAGCAACCUGCUGCACCUGUCUUACCCAAUGAGCCGGCUGUGUUCGAGCUCUUGCUCACCAAUGACGGUCCUGUCGCCACUGACUUUAACCUCUUCAACUUGAACAGCGAGAACCAGGACGGCCUGACGAUCAUGGUGGAUGGCCACCCACUGACACACCCCAUCGACUUUGAGGGCUUUGCAGUUGGCGCGCGCCACGUGACAAUCUCACUUCUUCGUGGACCAAGUCUCUAUUCAUAUGAUCCCGUUGCUGUUGGCUGGCGAUCCCUGUGCGAGGCAGACAGGCACCCCGACAACGGCUACACAACCGAUGAAGUGACCACUGUCCAAUAUGUGUACCUGGAGGCCGAGUUCCUGCAGCCAUGCAGUCCUGUUGAGCUGGUGGGCUCGAUUGGCGAGACGGAGACGUUUGAGGUGAACCAAGCUGUGGACGAGCAAACCUCCCACCCUGGCGAGCUGCGCAUCGUUGCGUUCAACUCGGACUUUGCAAGCCGCAAGUGGACAGAGGACGACAGGCUUGAAGGAGUGUACGUCGAGUACAAGCCCGCCGCCUCCUCCGUGUGGCUGCUGGCGCGUGACAUUGACGGCAAUACGCUGGACGUGCGACUGAUGGAGAAUGAGUACGGUUACGUGACCACCUACUGGGACGUGUCCGGCAUCACGGACGGCGACUACGAGCUGCGCAUUCGCGCGCAGUGCACGGCGUCGAUCAACGAGGUGCCGGAUGGCAUUGACGAGCAGUACUCUUCGACAGCAACGGGCGUGAUUGACCGGUCGGCGCCACAGGUCCUGGGGUACCCGGAGCCAGCGGACGGGGAGUACUCACCCGGGGACGAGAUUGCGUUUGAGUUUGACGAGGACGUGCAGUGCGCAAAGCCGUUCUGGUUUGAGGUGCAGAUGACCAUUGACGGGCUGGACGAAGUGUUUGCGAACGACGACAUGGUGAUGGUGUGCGAGGGCCGCCGCAUCACCAUGUCCCUGGUGCGCGGGUUUGCGUGGGAUGACGUGAGCGGCCGCUCGGCGCGCGUGACUCUGAACAGCGUCCAGGACCCGUACGGCAACGUGGCGUCACAGGAGUUUGUGCUCGAGUUCCAGUUUGCGCUUGUGGCUGCGGAGGCGCUGACGACACAGCUGACGGGCAUCGAGCUACCGCUGCCAUUUGAAGACGCGUUUUUCAACACGAAAUCGCCCGAGUACCAGAACGUGACGGCGCGCAUUGAGGCAGACAUUGCCAACGCCACGGGCAUUGUCGUGACACGUGUGCGUGUUGCGUCGCUGGCGCCCACGGACCUGUUUGACUACGACGCGGGCAUCACGGUGAGCGUGUACCUGCUGCCGGAGGACACGGCCACGCGGCGUCGGCGUCGGCGUGAUGGCCUGCCAAGCCUGUCCCCAUCGCGCGCUGCCCAGUUCUUCAACAACAUUCUCAUCAACGGCACUGCCAACCUUGGCCGCAACAGCCUCUUCUUCAAUGUCUCAACCCUCGGGCGGCCAGAGAUGAUGGUGCUGACGAGCAACCGCAACGGCAACAGCAUUGACACCACGUCCACUACGUCCCAGCCAUCAACAUCGACUGGGGAGACCGUGGACUCUGGUGCGAGCUCCAGCAAGCUUGAGAACAUGACGGAGCUGAACACAAACCUCUCAUACGCAAUCCUCGUGCUGGUGCUAGUUGUGAUUGUCCUUGAGGUGCAGCGCAUCGUGUAUUCGUUCCGCAAACACACCUACGCGGUCAAAGAGCCACCGAUGGUCGUUGCCCACCAAGCACAGGCAAGCCGGGCCUCCUUCGAGCUCCAUGGCGGUCGCAGCACCUCCUCUUAUGGCCGCCCUUUCUACGAUGACUUUGAUGGCGAGACCACGACCACCAUGUCUCACGUGUAACUAUGCGCAGUGGCGGUAGUGUGUGUGUGUGUGUGUGUGUGUGUGUGUGUGUUGGACAGAAAGCUGAGUUGUGGCAGCAUCUUGGCCAAGUGUUCCGAAAUUCCCUUGCACUGUUGCUUGUCCGAGCUUGGCAUUUGCUUCGUAGCAGCGCUCUUCCUUGUUGUCAUUGGUUCGUCUUGGGCGUGAUGUGAGUCGUCUUGGACGGCGCUUCCUUGUGCUUGUAUGUUCUGAUGCAUCGUCAUUGUCAUUGGGUUGCGGUCCAAGGGUCCAGUCCGCUGCUGCUGUCUUCUGGUUGUGCCCGCCUCCCUGCUUCUCUUGCUUCAUUCUUUCAUUUUUCCCUCAUUUCCGUUUCUUUCAUCCCGGUCAUGUUGAUGUUACGACUUGUGCCUGUGUGGUCCUCUUGACUAUGGGCGGCACUCCACGACCUGAGUUGCCCAAUGAGCAAGUGGGCAUGCAUCUCCAUCCAUUCCACAUGUGCUGGACGCACCGUUUAGCCGAAAUUUUGUCAUGAUACCAUAUAUUUCUCCAC